AUGGAUCGGGCGCACAGGGCGACCGUUCCUCAACGAUUGCAUUAUUCCAAGUGCAUCCGGUGUCGACAUGACAAAAAGAAGUGUCUCCCUGUCAAUCGCACUUGGCCUCGCCAAAAAUGCGAUCGCUGUGCCAAGUACAAUUACGCUUGCUCACCGAGUAUGACGGCAAAUCAAGAGAGGAAAUCACAUCAGGACCCUCGAACCCGUGGUGCCUUGAUACCAGUUCCGUCAAAUCAAGGUCAAAUUGAAGCUCUAAUGGGACUCAAUGGAGCUCCAUCAUCGUCCGAAAUACGACCAGGAAAGCAGAACGAUGGGUCUUUCAUCAAGCCCAAGUGUGCAGUCUAUUUUCACAGCCUGAUGAAAGCCAACUGGACGUGCUUCGGCAGCCAUGAAUCGAUAUCAGAUGCACCGAACCCGAACGACAUAGGAAGCAUGUUUAGGUGGGUUUACACUUAUGAAGCUAGGCAACUCUAUCACGCAUUGAGUAUGCGCCUUGCCGCAGUUGAGAUUGGGGCACAAUACACCAAUUUAUUCCAAAAGGCCAUAUCAUAUGGCAUGGACGAACCAAAUUCGCGAGAAUUUGCGUCUCGAAAAAUGAUCCUUGAGAUUGGACAGGGGACUAGAACCCCAGGAAGUCAGCAUCAAGUUCAAGAUGAGGACGACUUGAUUCGGAACAUUGACAAGACAAUCUGCGUCGCACUUAGGUGGAAAUAUCUUGUUGAGACAAUUGGUGUUCCCGAAGUUGUCCUGAUUCGGUGGAAAGGUGGAGGCGAAAUCGAGGACGAUAUGCCUGUCCCUGAUAUCGACUCAGUCAGCAAUGAAGAGCAUGAUUAUCUACUCCCAAAGCUUCUGGACCCGGCGUUGGGACUCAAAGAGACUUGCUUGAAACUGAGUGGGGUGGUCGGUAUGAUUCAGCGCUGGAAAGAUCUGAAAGAACCGGAUCUCAGAACAUUCCUAGCUCAAGAGAUCAAACGACGAGUCAAAGACGUCCUGGGCGGCCCUGAGCCUCUGAAUGCGUCUGAGGAGGAGGAGGAAGAAGAAGAAGAUGAUGAUGAUGAAAGCAUGCCAGACGCUGAGAUCAACCGGGAUGCAGACCUGGGCAGCUUUGACGGUUGGAAGGGUACUAUUGACUUCUCUCAAAUCUAGGGUUCAGACCAAGAUAGAAUGUCUCAUAAUAUUUCCCAAUCAUUGGCUUGCAGAAGCAUUCCAGAAUAUAUGGAUAAAUUGGACCAGCGCCAUCACCUUUUGCAACCAGUUUC